AUGGAGAGAAUGACGAACAAGGACUCUGAAGGCAGGGCAGCUGCUGCUGAAGCUGCCGCAACUCAGGCCACUGUGGUGGCUACAGCGGCUGAAGCUGAGGCAGCUGCGGGGGAGGCCGGGGCCGAAGUGGCUGCGGCCGCCAUAGUCAAGACCGAGGUUGCCGAGGAAACGAGCGAGACUGACAUGGCCGACGAGCAGGAGCCAUCCCACCAUGAGGAAGACUUCGGCCAGGAGGACGAGGCUGAGCAGCCGCCACCCAACGCAGCGGCAGCCGCCACCCGACAGCGAGUGCCUUGGCUAGGUUUCGAGGACGCCGUGACGUACGUGAGCCAGAAGGGGAAGAACCUGAUUGUGCAAUGCAAUUAUUGCCUGCCCUUGGUGAAGAAACUGAGCUCAGGAAUUACCUCUGCGUCCAACGUGAAGCAGCAUUUAAAGAAGGCGCAUCCUGAGAAGCUAAGAGCCAUUCUUGACCUCAUCCCUGGAAAACAAGGAAGGAGAUCGAUCUAUUCAGAAGACUCCCCGGAAGACGAGGAGGAGGAGGGCCCCCCUGCCUUGCGGAGCAGGAGAUCCAUCCAGGAGACUGUCACCCAGAAAAUGCUUGACAGGACCCUCAUGGAUUACAUUGUGGAGGAGAUGGUGCCUCUUCAGACGGUGGACCAGCCCACGUUCAUUGCCCUGGUUCGCCUCGGUCUCCCGAGUGACCUCAAAAUCAUGUGCCCCAAGACUCUCAGGGAGAGAAUCGAGAAGAGAGCCACGGUCAUGAGGGAAGCCCUCGCCAACCAGAUGGGUGCCGUGGAGUAUGUAGCCACCACGGCAGAUUGCUGGACGGAGGGCAGGAAGAGCUUCUUAGGGGUGACGGCCCACUGGAUCAGUCCGACGACUCUGAAGCGGGAGUUUGGGGCCUUGGCUUGCAAACGCUUGAAAGGGGGCCUCACGUACAGUGUCCUCGCAAAAGCGCUUCGGGAUGUCCACUUGCAGUACGGGAUACAUAACAAGGUGGUCUGCACCACCACGGACAACGGUUCCCGCUUCGUGAAAGCGUUCCGAGCUUUCAAGGCCGAAGAACUGAGGGAUGCUUCAGGCUCCUGUGCAGAUGAUGACGAUGACGACGAUGACCAUGAGGUGUCUCAGGUGGAAUUUGUUCCUAUCUCGGAGAUCUUGGACACUGGGCACAAGGUAAAGGGAGAAGACAAUGUAGACUUAGCAGAUUUGGGCUUGCCACCACACCAGCGGUGCGCCAGCUACACCCUCAACCUCAUAGCAACCCGUGAUGUAGAAGCCAUGAUUUCUGACUCUUGCAAAACGAGCCCGCUAGGUCUUUUCAGGAAACACUUCCACUCCUUGAUGAGAAAGUGCAGCAAACUCUGGUCGAAGCAGAAACAAUCGGCCGAGAUGGCGGAGUACAUCUAUGACCAGUGCGGGGCCUAUUUGAAGACGCCAAACAAAUCCAGGUGGAGUUCCCUCUUCGAAGCCCUCACGCAGCUUAACAAGCUCCUCUCGACGGCACCUCUGAAGAUGGACGCCAUCAUGGAGCGCUGCUCUUUGGUCAGCUUCACGGCUGACGAGCGUGUGGUGCUGCAAGAAUACACGGAGAUCAUGGGGCCCCUGUCCUUGUCUUUAGACAUCCUGCAGAGGGAGAACAACAUGUUCAUGGGGUACCUGCUCCCGACGGUGUACAAUCUGGAUCGCAAGUUUCAGGGGCUGGAAAACAAGCCAGUCCCGUACGCGUACUGCCUUCCGCUUCUGAGGGGUCUCCGCGAAGCCCUCCGGAAGCGGUUUGCACCCGUCUGGGAGGACAAGAAGCUGCUUCUGGCAGCCUGCUUACAUCCCCGGUUCAAGCUGGACUGGCUGGAAUCGUCCAAGACCGCCCAGACAAACAGGUUUGCAAUGGAAGCCUUGUUGAACGCUGAACUGAAGGGCCCCGUCAGCGAAACGAGCGACAGCUCUUCGGAAAAAGACGAGGAAGGCGACGACAUUUUGCUUGACUUUUUCGACAUUAAGCCACAGAGAAGGACCUCUGCCGUGGAUCCUGCCGAGGAGGAGCUCUCCAAGUACCUGAUUACUCCCAGCAGGGAAGUGUCAUCUCUCCUUGCCUUCCCAAUCAUCCAGCAGAGUUUCCUAAAGUAUAACACAGGAAUGCCUUCUAGUGCCGCGGCCGAACGCUUGUUCAGUACAGACGGCAACCUCAUGACUGCGAAGAGGCACUCCCUCUCCGACGAAGUCUUUGAACAGCUGGUUCUCCUGAGACAGAACAGAGCUUCUCCUGCCUUGUAGACUGUAGAACUUGUGACAUUUUUUGGGACAAUGUGUAGUUUCAGAAAUAUAAAACUGUCAACAAAGCCUAAGGAUCCUUACUUUCCAUGAAGUACGGCAUGUAAAACGUAAUUGCGGAAGUGUUACCAAAAUGUCUGUGCAUUCGUUCUCUAACAUCCUCGCUGGUGCAAGCAGGAUCGGGCCUGGCUCUGGAGGAAUGUUUUGGAUAACAGUUUGUGACAAAUUAUGGCUUUGUUCAAGGUUUUGUCUAAAAAUAUAUUUGUACAUUUUCCAUUUUAUGCCUGCUGUAAGAUCGGCAGUAAACAGAGCUUAUUCAAAUUUCCCCCUAAUAAAAUGACACCCUAAAUUAGAGUAAAUUUGAAGACAGAACGUGGGCUAGAAUAUUGUGUAGGAGUAAUACUGAGACCAGAAUUAUCUGAUUAAAAAAAAAUUUUUGAAAACAUCAUGCAAUACAAAGCAGCUUUGUAAAUGCAGAAGAACGUACAGUGGUGCCUCGCUUAACGAUUACCUCGCUAAAUGACGAAUCCACUUGACAAUGAA